GUUUUGUUUUUAAUCGUUUCUUUGAGAUUUCUUUGCUGUGAAUAAACUUUAUAAACAUUAUGAUUUUAGAAUAUAUUUUAAAAUAUCAUCUGAAAGAUAUUUUGGAAAUUCUUGCUGAAGAAGAUAACUUGGGUUAUUAUGGUAUAAAAAUUGAUUUUCUGAAAUUGUUUGAGACAAAUCCAGAUGUUGGUGACAAAGUUCUUUGCAAUCCUGUUAAAAGUCUACCUGAUUGUGAUAAAGAUAUCAUAAAAGCUCAACAAAACAUAUUGGAACAAGACAUUUAUAAAGAAAAAUUGUCAGAAUUGCAGAAUUAUUGUUUGAAAAUAAAAGUUCAAGCUAGGUUUUUUGGACUACCUGUGUGCCCAGAGCUACAAAGAACUAUUUUCCCAAAAAACAUAGAUUUAGGAUGUUUUUUAAAAGUAACUGGAACAGUUGUAAGAGUCACACAAGCAAAAAUGCUGGAAUAUAAAAGGAAGUAUAUUUGUAUGAAGUGUAAGUUUGAGAAUGAUGUUAAGGCUGAUUUUGAAAAUAGAUACAUUCUAAAAGCACCAUCAAAAUGUGCCAAUGUAGAUAUAAGAUGUAGAUGUGCAACAUUCUCACAAGUCCAUUUAGUUUCAAGAGAACAUUGCAAAGAUUAUCAAGAAAUAAAAAUACAGGAGCAAGUUAAUAAAUUGAGCAUUGGAAGUAUACCUGGAUCCAUGUGGGUUGUAUUAGAAAAUGAUCUUGUAGACAGUUGUAAACCUGGGGAUGAUGUUAAUAUCUGUGGUACUGUUAGACGGCGUUGGCGACCUACUGUGCAAGCUAGAAAGUCAGAAGUGGAACUAGUACUUCAAGCCAACUAUGUGGAGGUGUGUAAUUCGCAAAGAUCAGAUGUGGUAUCUUCUGCACCUGACAUUAAGGAGUGUUUUAAUGAAUUCUGGAAUAAAUUCGAGGCUUGCCCAUUGAAAGGAAGAGAUCAGAUAUUGCGUGGUGUGUGUCCACAGGUUUAUGGGUUACACUUGGUGAAACUGGCUGUGUUAUUGACAGUCAUAACUGGUUCAAAUCAUAUAGCUGAGAGUGAAGAGAAGACCUCCUCAGAUGAUAAACAUACAACAAGAGUUCGUGGUCAAUGCCAUUUAUUGUUAGUGGGUGAUCCAGGAACUGGAAAGUCGCAGCUAUUGAGAUCGGGUGCCGAUUUGACGGCGAGAUCCGUGUUUACGUCAGGUGCUGGGAGCACUCGAGCUGGCCUCACUUGCGCUGCUCUUAGGGAAAACGGUGAAUGGCAAUUGGAAGCGGGUGCGUUAGUGCUGUCAGACGGCGGCGUCUGCUGCAUCGACGAGAUAUCGCAACUACGCGAGCACGAUCGCACGGCGAUCCACGAGGCGAUGGAGCAGCAGACCAUUUCUAUAGCCAAGGCAGGAAUAGUUUGUAAAUUGAACACUCGUUGUGCCGUCAUAGCUGCGUGCAACCCGAAGGGACAUUACCAACCAGACGAACCACUCAGCGUUAACGUGUCGCUUGGAACUCCGUUGUUAAGUAGAUUUGAUUUGAUAUUUAUACUUUUGGAUGCAAAAAACAAAACUUGGGAUAAACUUGUUUCGUCAUAUAUUUUAUAUGGGGGAUCAAAUUCCGAUUCAGUUCGACAUUGGAGCCUUGAAAAAAUGCAGAUGUAUAUAAGUCUUAUUGGAGCACGACCAACGAGUAUGACGAAAUCAGCAAAUAUGAUACUGCGUGCUUAUUAUAUGACGCAAAGAAAAUCUGAAUGCAGGGAUCCAUCACGAACUACAGUUAGAAUGCUCGAUAGCCUUGUUAGAUUAUCUCAAGCACAUUGUCGACUUAUGUAUCGAACAACUAUAUUACCAAUGGAUGCAAUAACAGCAGUAUCUUUAGUAGAUUUGUCCAUGCAAGACUGCACACUUGAUGACACAGUAGAUGCCUUACAUUCAACAUUUCAGAAGCACCCAGAUUACGAAUAUUUAUGUACUGCCAAGAAGCUUCUUACAAGAUUGAACUUAUAUGAAAUCUGGCAAGAAGAAUUAUUGUAUUACGGAAGUCUAUUACAAGUGGAUCACAAAACAUUAGAAAAAAGUAUAGAAGGGGGUGAUUGUAGUUUAUUUACCAAAUAUGAUUAUGUGGAUGACGAGAACAUUCCAUUGUCUGUAGCAGUUGUAACUAGCUCAUAUUUCAAUAAUAAGAAUAGUCCUCAAAGUCAGGAAAUAGAUGUAAGAAAAGGUAAUGAGGAUGAUUUUGAAAAUGCUAAUAUUAAGCUUGUAAGAGGUAAUGUGGAAAAACGCACUUUAAUAAAUAAACGUGCGAAGAAAACAACUAACAAUAAAAGCAAUAAAACAAAUGAUCGCAAACGAAAAGAAAUCAUGGUUGAUGUAAAACCAAUUAAUAAUUGUAUAACUAAGAGGCAAAAAAAAUCAGAUAGUAUGAUUGAGAAUAGCCCUAGUGAUAACGUUAUGUCAGAAAACACAGAUCUGUUGAAUGGGGUGCCAAGUGUUAAUGAUAUAUUUACAGAAUUAGGAAUAGAUUUAAAAUUCGGAAAUAGUGAAAGUAUUAACAUUGAUUCAAAUAAAUUGUGUUCAGAUUUUACAAAUCAUUUUGAGGCAAAUAAAUCAAAGGAGUGCUCUCAUAAAGUAAAUGUAAAAUCAGAAGUAUCUGAGAAGAAAACAAUGGAUAAGCUGCAAAAGUUCAAAUUUGUAGAAAAACAUGACUUCAGUAAAUUUUAUGAUGAAAAGGUUGAAAAAUCUCCAACAAAACAUGAUGUUAACAUUGUAAAAAUAGAAAAAUUUAAUAGUUGCACAAGCAAUGUAAGUCAGAGAAAAUCAGGAACAUCAAAUUCACAAAUAUCUAUAUUUGAAAGUUCAGACUGUGAUAUUGAUUUAGAUAUAUAAAUCAUGAAAAUGAUUAUUAACUAAAUAAA